AGCCAGACAUUUAUUGUUAAUCUUAAUGUCUCAAUACACAGUAAUCAGUCAUGUAAGUAUGAAGUAGUUGCUAGGGUUAAUCCUGAUGAAGGGAUAGAAGAAAACACUCGGACAACUGAAGGAGAUGACGAAGAAGAGAUAUUUUUAUAUGAGAUGACUGGUUUAAGACCAUGUGCAAAUUAUACCGCUUCUAUAAAGGCUAAUGAAAAUAUUACUGAAAUUUCAUUUUCUACAUAUAAUGUACAAGAUCUGCUAGUAUCUACUGAAGGGAAUGGAUCAGUUAGUGUACAGUGUGUGUUUGUAUCAGGAUCAACUGCUGAUGGAUGUCAUGUGAUAUUUACUGAUACUAGUAAUGGAAGGACUGAACACUUUAAUAUAACUGGAUCAGGCAAUAGCACACUGAUACCAUUAUCAACCAGUGGAGUAUACAAUGUAACUGCUUAUGACAUUAGUGAUAAUGGGCACAUUGUACCAUGGGCUUGCGUGCAACCCAAAAAUGUGAAUAUUGCUCCUGGCAUGCUUUUCAUUAGUAGCACCAUUGAUUCUGUUUAUUCAGUCUUUUCUACUAUAAUUGGUACUCCUAUGUCUCGAUCACCAUCUCCCACUGACAUUAUUGAGGAAACCGGCAGUAGUAUUUUACCUGGUAUGAAUGAAAUACAUGUAUUACUCUGA